AUGGGGGCAGGGAGAAGGAUCGAGGGGACGCCACCCCAAGGAUGUGUCUGGCCACUGGUUUGGUGGGCACGGCAGGCUAACUGUAAAGAGGAAGUGUCCCUCCCCCAUGGUGCCCGCCCCUCCCGGUGGGUGGACAUUUGUGCAAGCUUAGGCACUGCCAGCCACAGCACCCUUCCUGCCCCACACCCCCUAGACAGCCUCAGGAAGUCAGGCUGGGCUGCCAGACCCAGGGACCUUGCUCCCUGCCCUGGGGCCCAUAAAGACACAGCGAACCUGGCCUGGCCUGGACCACCUCCAGGUCCCCCUCUGCUGGCGGCACAGGGCCUGGAGCAGUUUUUCAGGACGACUUGCUCUCCAUUUUUCUCAGCCGGCUUGGCACCGAGGCUGCCCCGGCUGUCCCCAGUUCACCCGGGCCCGCCCCAGUCAGAGGGUCAAGUCCACCGCGGCUCCUCCCACAUUACCCUUCCGGAGAGGUCCCCACCCGCCACAUCCUCCUCCUGCGCCACCUCCGGCAGUCAGGUAGCUCGGAAAGGUGAACGGCCCUUUGCCUGCGACUGGCCGGGCUGCGACAAGAAGUUUGCACGCUCAGACGAGCUGGCCCGCCACCACCGGACGCACACGGGCGAGAAGCGCUUCCCCUGCCCGCUCUGCACCAAGCGCUUCACGCGCAUGCCCAGCCGUCCACGCAGCUCAAGAAUUGAGCACCCGCUGUAUGUCAGCUUCCAGUUGCACCCCCGGGGCCACCCAGAAGCCGGUGAGAGCGAAGGCCCCCUCCCUGGGGAACAGACACUGGCAAACCCCAACCGUCUGGUCCAGAGCCCCAGGCACCUGCUGUUCAGGAAAGCCGCUGGCCCGCCGCCUGGUGGCCGCCUCUGGUAUUGCACCCAGGUCUGGCUGACCCCACCUCGGUAG